AUAAAUACUUUUUUAAUACUUUCCAAAUUUGGCGGCUAUUUUUUGGAAUCUUGAAUAAACUCCCGCCAAAAAUUACUCCUUGAAUUAAUUUUGACAAAAAGCAGAAAACCAAUUUUACAAAAAUAACAAUCUUCAAUUCGAGCAAAAAAGAAAAAAAGAAAUGUACGGGAAGAAGGGGAAAGAAUUAAUUCAAGAAUUUGCAGAGAGUGAACCUGGACAGCUUGCGGCUUUUAAUACUGACCUAGUUACGCAAGUACUUGAAGAAUGUAACAGUCAUUUUCUGCACCUCAAUUCCUUGGUGAGGAAAAUGAAUGCAAAAACUCCUGCUGAAAGUUCAGGUGCAAAUCGACCAACUCAAAAUGAUCCACAUUCAAAUAAUGAAUCACCUGAUAACAGCGAGCCACCUGAGGCUGAUGGAAGUACAAAUACUGAGCUCCCCAAAGAUGAUAAUUACCAUGGCCUGCUUAUCCAUCAUCAGUCUCUCACUCGCAACAAACGCUGUCUGAUGGCUUAUGUAUAUAAUCGAGCAGAAGUUGUUCGAAAAUUGGGAUGGACCCUUGAGCGUGUCCUCCCAGAAGAAAUUGAAGAGAAGCUCAGUACCUCAGAGAAAGAAUAUUUUAAGAAUCAUGCUGCAACUAUCCAAUCGUACAUGUCAGCACUUGAUCUCGAUUUGGGGGUGGAUAUGGUGCCACCCAAAGAUCCCUAUAUCAAGGUGAGGGUGCUCGAUGACAUUGGUAAUGUUGUCCUUAGCGACCAAUUAGCCAACCUUGCUCGUCAUGCAAUUCUUUUCAUUAGGAGAACUGAUGCAGAGCAGUAUAUUUCUCAGGGCUUAAUGGAAGAACUCACGAGUUGAUCCCAACGACUACAGAGUUGCAAGCUGAUUCUGAUUGUGCAUUGCUUCUACACAACCAGCAGUGUCAGAGAAGCAAAACAAGUUUGAGAAGGCUUUGGAGAAAUGGAGGGAAUCAUUCAUCGUCACCCAUGUGUCUGAUAUCACAAAGGGGUUGUUGAUUUGACUGACGUGUAAUCUAGACUUUAAAAAGUGAGUGUAUUCUGAGAGAGCUUAUUGCUCUUGGGUGAACAAAGACCUUAGUGUAGAACACCAUUUACUCGUCCUGUACAUUAGAAGUCUUCUCUUGUGACAUAAUCAAUAAUUACAAAAGGGAAA